CACCAUACCAUGGGAUGUGAGGCUGCCAUCCAUAUUUCAUAACGAUUUUGUGCUCCGCACCCUCGCCGAGAUCCCUUGGGUGGGCGUGGGUGCGCUCGGUGCUCCCUGAGGGAGGCGUCCUUGCCGGCCCUCGCUUUCUUGUGCCCGCCUGAGCAAACGGACGCGCGGCGGCGCCAAGCAGCGUCGUAUCCUCCGCUAGCCCCUCCCGCUCAUCCCUCCUCGUCCUCCGUCCCGGCCAGGCGAUGAAGAUGCUCGCCAUGCAGCCCCUGGUGCUGACGCCGCUGUCCUCGACGGUGGAGGGCGUGCUCUCCGGCAAGGUGGCCGACUCCAUCCUGGCGGUCAGCAUCAUGCCUUGCCUCCUGGCGAUGACCGCCGUGGUGGCGGUACGAUUCGCGAACGACACGGCGACGCUCCUGAACCUCAUAGGCUCUGUGUUCUGCAUGAACAUCGCCUUCGUGGUCCCGGUCGUUUGCUACUGGAAGCUCGCGACGGAGCCCAUUUGCAUCACGAGGAAACUUGGGCUCGUCGGCCUCAUCGCGAUGGGGCUGUCCUGUGCCGUCCUGGGGGUGCUCGCCUCGUGACCGACUCCGCGCUUCGACGGCCUCCGCCGUGGCGGUCUGGCUGGACGCACGUCCACUCGAUGCUCAGCGGCGAGCUGCCUUGCGAGUCUUCCCUACUCUCCCUGCCCUCCCUCUUCUCUCGAGGAGCCUCCCUAGACCACCUUCGCCCAGAGGGCUGGUAGGUUUCGUCGAUUGCCCAUCUCUGAAUACGCCGUCCAAAAUGACGGAAGGACGUCUCGCGCGUCUCAGGUACGCCGUUGGUGCGCUCGGUGCUUCGGGCUGUGCUUAAUGGCGCGGCUCUGGCGUGCGCUUUGACCAAGGCCCUGAGCAGCGCCGCCACUCCGGCUGGCCAGCCUGGCCCGCCGAUUCUUCCAUCUUCCCCCCUCCCGGUGCCACUGCCAUCGCGAGAAGAUGACCACCCCGCUUUUCUACACCCUGGGAAUAGACAGUGGGGACCAUGCUUAGUCCCAGCGUGGCUCGCGGCGUGCAAUGGCCAAGGCCCC